AUGGAGCUCCUCGAACUCGUCGAAUAUGAGCCUGCCACUCGCCCGUUCCAGUGUGACUGGGACUCGUGCAACAAGAGCUUCAACCGCAAGUCAGAUCUUCAGCGCCACUACAGAAUUCACACCAACGAGCGUCCCUACUCCUGCUCCAUCCCCGGAUGUGGCAAGAGCUUCAUCCAGCGCAGCGCCCUGACUGUUCACAUCCGAACUCACACUGGCGAGAAGCCUCAUCAGUGCCAACAUAUGGGCUGCGGCAAGCGCUUCUCUGACUCCUCCUCCCUUGCUCGCCAUCGCCGCAUCCACACCGGCAAGCGUCCCUACAAGUGCGCCCACGACGGCUGCAUCAAGAGCUUCUGCCGCAAGACCACCAUGGUCAAGCACCAGCGCCGCUCGCACCAGCGCGGCCUUCACCCCAACGAGGUCCUGGACGACUGCUCCUCCGACUCCGAUAUGGGCGAGUCGCCGCCCACGCCCACGCAGACGGCCAUGUCGUGGCCCGUGUCCGCCAUCGUCCCCGGCCAGGCGCUGCCCCAUGGCCACCACGUCAUGCACCGCGCCGCCUCCUUCCCCGACUUCAACCAGCAGAUGCACCAGUACAACAUGCAGAACGUCGCCGCCGAGUACUCGGUCCAGCCGCCGCACCACCACCACCCCGUCAUGCUCCAGCGCAGCCACUCCAUCCAGCAGCCCUUCUACGUCGUCGAGCAGGGCAACCCGGGCGUCGCCACCAUGAACACCAACAUCCACCCGUCCUUCCAGGUGCCGCGCGGCCAGAGCGAGCGCCCGAGCAACAGCGUCGUCGAGAUGGCCUACACCACCCAGGGCAUGACGACGCCCAUCACCAGCAGCCCCGGCUUCUCCCCCGUCGCCGGCCAGAGCCCGGCCGCCAUCCGCGACAGCGGCAUGUACACGCACGCCGCCCCGUCCCAGGAGAGCCAGUACGCCAUGCACAACGCCGCCGCCGUCGAGCAGCAGCCCAUGAUUCAGUACGCCCCUCAGCCCAUGCAACCUCAGCAGCAGCAGCAGGCCCAGCAGCAGCAACCGCAACAGCCCCAGCAGCAGGCUGGGCACUACCCCUCGCCCCAGGCCGAGUCGGAGCAGUGGUACCAGUACCAGGCCCCCGUCGAGGUCGCCACCAUCGGCCAGCUGCCCGCCUACGGAUCCGGCAUCUACGACCUCUACGGCGGCCCCAAGAUCGAGUUCGACGACCCGUCGAUGCAGCUGCCCAGCAGCCGCAUCGCCGCCAUCUAA